GCUUGGAUGACAGAGAUUCUGUCUCAAAUAAACAAAGAAUUUCAGCCAGUGUCAGCAGAGCAUUAAACCAAGCACUGGGCUUCUCUAAGCACACAGCCCUCCAAGGCAUGCAUACAACUGGAAAACUGACCUGUGCCUAGAUUACCCUGGAGACUCCAACAGUGCUCCAAGAGGCUGCUUGGUGGUCAUGCCCAUUACACAGAGAGGUGCUUCAUUUUGCCCCUGGUCACACAGCAAGUUAGUGGCAGAAAAGGGAUGUGAACCUGGGCCUGCCAGAUCUCAAAGCCCUUUAACUUGUGCCAAAAAUGUGUCCCCAGUUCUUGAAGGAGAAAGAGAGUUGUGGGCUUCCAGGGGGACUCCCUUCACAUCCGUGAUGUUUGUCUCUCCCCACCCUAUGCCAAGGCCCAGGUGGUGUGAAUGGCUCCCUUCUCCUCUGCAGGCGCUGAGGAUCACGCAUCCUGUGACUCUCCCCUGUCCCCCGCCACCCUCUGAACCACUGGCCACCAUGGCUACUUCAAAGUUGCCUGUGGUGCCUGGGGAGGAGGAAACCACCAUCCUCAUGGCCAAGGAAAGGCUGGAGGCCCUGCGCACAGCCUUUGAGUCGGGCGACCUCCCCCAGGCCGCCUCUCACCUCCAGGAGCUGCUGGCCUCCACGGAGAGCACCCGCCUGGAGGUGGGCGUCACGGGCGAGUCGGGCGCCGGCAAGUCCUCCCUCAUCAACGCCCUGCGUGGCCUGGGGGCCGAGGACCCUGGCGCAGCUCUCACGGGCGUUGUGGAGACCACGAUGCAACCGUCAUCCUACCCGCACCCACAGUUCCCCGAUGUGACCCUCUGGGACCUGCCAGGGGCCGGCUCUCCAGGCUGCCCGGCGGACAAGUACCUGAAGCAGGUGGACUUCAGCCGCUAUGACUUCUUCCUGCUGGUCUCCCCCCGCCGCUGCGGGGCCGUCGAGACCCGCCUGGCCGCCGAGAUCCUGUGCCAGGGCAAGAAGUUCUACUUUGUGCGCACCAAGGUGGACGAGGACCUGGCGGCCACACGCAGCCAGCGGCCAUCGGGCUUCAGAGAGGCUGCUGUCCUGCAGGAGAUCCGAGACCACUGUGCUGAGCGGCUGCGGGAGGCCGGCGUGGCUGAACCUCGCAUCUUCCUGGUGUCCAACCUCUCGCCAGCCCGCUACGACUUUCCCACGCUGGUGUCCACCUGGGAACAUGACCUGCCCGCCCACCGGCGCCACGCUGGCCUGCUGUCGCUCCCCGACAUCUCACUGGAGGCCUUGCAGAAGAAGAAGGCCAUGCUUCAAGAGCAAGUCCUCAAGACUGCCCUGGUGUUGGGCGUCAUCCAGGCCCUGCCCGUGCCGGGGCUGGCGGCUGCCUACGAUGAUGCCCUGCUCAUCCACUCGCUGCGUGGCUACCACCGCAGCUUUGGUCUGGAUGAGGACUCACUGGCCAAGCUGGCCGAGCAGGUGGGCAAACAGGCAGGUGACCUGCGCUCUGUCAUCCGCUCCCCGCUGGCCAAUGAGGUCUCGCCUGAGACUGUCCUGCGGCUCUAUUCCCAGUCAUCCGACGGCGCCAUGCGGGUGGCCCGCGCCUUUGAGAGGGGCAUCCCUGUGUUUGGAACGCUAGUGGCUGGCGGCAUCAGCUUUGGCGCUGUCUACACCAUGCUCCAGGGCUGCCUCAACGAGAUGGCCGAGGACGCCCAGCGUGUCCGCAUCAAGGCCCUGGAGGAGGACGAGUCGCAGCCAGAGGUCGGCUUGGAAGCGGCCGGUGACAAUGGCGUGGAGAAGGGGGGGUCCGGGGAGGGAGGCAGCGAGGAAGCCCCACUCUCAACCCGCAGGAAGCUGGGCCUCUUUCUUAAGUACAUUCUGGAUAGCUGGAAGAAACACGACUCAGAGGAGAAAUAAAGAGUGCAGCCCCGCCCCCCUGCCUCACCCACAAACUAAGUCUUAACAAAAUCCAACAAACCAACAAAAAAGGCCAAUGUGGUGAAUGUGAGGGCUGCAGUUGCCUGGAGGGUGGGUGUGGAGGGAGCCUGCGUCCGGGGCAGGGAGGGGAGCCUGUGUCCAGGGCAGGGCAAAGGAGGGGGCACUGGGGAGGGGAGGAGGGAGGCAGGUGGGCCCAGGGCCAACAGGAGUGUAGUGAAAGGGGACAGGAGUGCCCUGGGGAGGGAGGUUGGAGACAUGAAUGGUGGGCCCAGGGUUCCCAGGGCUUCUUGGUGGUGUCUUUCUCCCCGGUCCCCAAGGGGCCAGGAGGAAUUUGUGGGGCACAGGACAGCAGGGCCAAGACAGGAGAUUGUGUCCUGCUAAGGUACUAUUUAAUUUAAUUUAAUUUAUUUUAUUUUAUUAUUUUUUGAGAUGGAAU